UGAUGAUUGUGAUGUUCUAAUUUUUUUUAUCGCGAUGGAUUUUGCAGGCUUUGUGGUGUCGCAUUUCAUCGGAGUGACCGUUGUACAAUGCGUUGGUCCCCCUGAGCAUCUCUCUGUUGUUCGACUACUUCCUCUACAGCCGAGGAAAUUCCAUCGAGUUCUUCCGGAGCACAGGGCCAGAGCGGACCAGAUCGUGCUGCGCCAAUGCAAGAAGAAGGCCCGCCAGAUGCAGUACGAGGUGCGAUAUGUGGCCAUCUCGACAUACUACCACGAUGUUCUUGGUGUGAAGAUGACCAAGGAAGAAGCGCGGAGGAUGGGCAUUGCCUUCGAGAGGGACGAGUUCUUGGCGGUGUGUCCAAAUUGGUGUUAUGGAAAAGAUGAGUCCUGGGCGGCAUUGGUGGAUCUUUGGUGUGAUGAGGCUGGAGUCUGGGCGGCUAUGAGAAUAAAAAACAAGGCUAACCGAGGGAAGGAGGGAGUACAUGCUCAGGGAAACCGAAACCACUAUCUCCACAAGGCAGUUAAUGAGGAGAAACUGAAGCGGCCGCUCUCACACAUGCAGGCGUGGGAGAUCGCCCAUACGCGGAAGGACCCCAAGCCUGGCGAGCCCAAGUACUACGGCAAGUAGACCGCGGGGAGGAAGAAGGCCUACUCCGCAGCGUAUCUGAAGUUACAUCCUGACACACCUGACCCCAUUGCGGCGGAUCUGAAGGAGAGGGCGGUGGUGAGCAUGGGGCCCAAGGAGCACGGUCGGGAGGCGGUUCUCGAUGCUGUGAUCACUCCUACUAUCUCCUACACACAGCUCCGUCCGAUCGACCCGAGCCUGAGCUAGCGCACGAGCAAGCCAGUGACCAGUGCACAAUCCCUCUUUCAGGAGCAACAAUCUGCCUACCUGUAGUACACACGCCAGGAUACCAUGGCGUGGCAUGAGAGGCUUUAUGAACACCAAGUGCAGAGGGAUCGCCAGAUGCAGCAGGCUUUUCAGGAAAUGGCGGCUGGUAGGUGUCCUCAGUUGCAGCCAGCACAAUGUCCUCCAGCACAACCAGUGUUGCUGACCUUUGAGGAGUUUGUGGCACAGAACGCUGGCCCCUCGCCGGGAACAACUGGAUCUACCGUUGGCGGUGGUCUUCGCAGCACUUCCGAGACACGGAGCCCGACCACUCCGAUCCACAGAGGCGGAGGCGGAGGUGGAGGCGGUCUUGACGGUAGCGCUGCCGCUAGCAGUGAUGACCUGGGCUUCGGCGGUCUUGGCGGUGACGACCUCCGCGGUGCUCGACGUCCUGGCGCUUAAGCCUUGUGUGUGGUGAUAAUCCUUGUGUGUGGUGAUGAUCCUUGAGAUGACUUGUGUGCGGUGAUGAUCCUUUAGAUGACUUGUGUGCUUCUCUAUAUGCUUAUGCUUAUGUUUAUGUUGAUUGUGAUGAUGCUUAUGCAUAUAUUGUUGUGAUG